CAUACUUUUGAGGAUGACGAUGACGACGAUGAAGAGGCGGACAGGAGGCGCGGAGGGGAAGACUGGUUUGCGGGCGGCGAACGCAGCGCUAUAUCGGUGCAGAACCCGAAUCGUGGGCCUAUGCAGCCUGGCGGAGACGCGGUCCAGGAUAUUCUCCGCCGUGCAGCUGAAGCUGGGCCACCCCCUGUAGCCGUUGGCGAGACGACGCGGUCCUCGUUCUUUGGUGGAGGCCACAUGCUUGGCAGCGACGAGGUCGAGAGCGCAUACAUCCCUGAUCCCAAUGCCCCCGAGCCUGAGGAACAAGAGACUGCAAUCCGGCACGUCACGUUCUGGCGCAAUGGUUUUAGCAUCGAGGACGGCGAGCUCCUGCGGUACGACGAUGCGCAGAACCAGCAGCUGCUGGAGGCUUUGAAUUCGGGACAUGCGCCCCUCGCCAUGCUCAAUGUUCUACCUGACCAACCCGUCGAGCUGCGCAUCGCGAAGCGUUUGGACGAGGAGUACGUCGCCCCGCCCAAGGAAAGCAAGCCGUUCGGCGGCGAUGGAAAUCGGCUCGGGGCACACACGCCCUCGUUCACGUCGGCAUCUGCUUCCUCUGGCGCUGGGCCAUCUUCGGCGAUGCCCGGCUCGUUCCCCGCCGGACCGUCCUCCGCGACGGCGCACAGCGGCGCUGGGUCGAUGGGCGCAGACAGGGAGAGCGUGAUAAACAGGUUUGAGGUCGAUCAGUCGCUGCCGACGACGACGGUGCAGAUCCGGCUGGCUGACGGGACGAGAAUUCCGUGCAGGAUGAACCUGCAUCAUAAUGUUGGGGACAUCAGGAACUUUAUCAAUGCAUCUCGUCCGGAGAAUUUGGCGCGGGAGUAUACUAUCGGCACGACGUUCCCUAACCGGACCCUUGAGGACAACACUCAGUCGAUCAAAGACGCCGGCCUUGCCAACAGCGUCGUCGUUCAGAGGUGGGUGUAA